AUGUUCAACACUUCGUUAUAUAACUUUCAAUCAUUGAUCGAUGAUUACGAACUGACAUCAUGUUUCAAAAUAAAGAACUUUGUUUAUCAGUUCGUUAACACAGCAAUCAAGAAAGCUAUGAAGAUAAUAAGUAACAUGGACGAUAUUUCUGAUAUAGUAGAGAGAAGAAAUGCUAUCGUCACUAGAUCGCUGGAUCCUUUUGGUGUCGAAUGGUACACUUGUGGUAAUAUCAAUAUCAAUAAUAUUGCUGAGAGUAUUACGAACGAAAUGCAAGAAUGGAAUAAUUUGCCGGAGUUAAAAGAUUGGAUGUUCAGUGUAGAAUUCAUUAAACUUUUUGUUAGAAAUGAUAUGAAUAUUUACAAAUAUGAAGUAAUUUGGAGCGUACCUACAAAGUCGUAUCCUGAACCACAAGUGACGGUUAGUGUAUUAUUUGAUAUCGUUAUAAAUCUCAAGUAUCCAGCGCAUUAUCCUGUCGACGUUACGUAUAUUUUCGAAGCUUGUCAAUUUAUCCAUCGAUUGGAUAUGACCUUUCAACCUAAGUGGCUUUACGAUAUAUUAGAUAUGAAAACCAUGAUGUUUAAAUCAUUUGAUUUUUAA